GAACAACUAAACUGGAGUAUAGUCAUCAUUUAUCACCAACCCUAUAUUCACGACCAUCUCUCUUCACAUCAUUACACCUCGAGCUUUUAACCUCGCACGAAACAAAAAAAAAUGGCAAAAUAUUUAUUUGCAUUGUCAGUUCUGUGCAUUUUUGGAAUUGCUGCAUCCUUGGAGAAACAAGAGACGGAGGAUGAUUUAAUGUCUAAAAUGGAAACGUGCAAAACUGAAGCUGGAGCAACAGAUGCUGAUCUCAAAGCAAUUGUGGCACAAAAUUCUUCAUCAACAGCUGAAGGGAAAUGUUUGCGCUCUUGCCUCAUGAAAAAAUACGAAAUGAUGACUGUCAAUGGCACAUUCGUCCCUGACAUUGCCCUUAAAUACGCUGAAAGAUACGCUGAUGGCGAUGCCGAAAAACUAAAGAAAGCCAAAGAAAUCGUAAAAUCCUGCGCUCGGAUUAAAGUAUCGCCUGACCAUUGCCAAGCUGCUGAACAAUACAGCAAAUGCUUAAUGAAAAAGGCUGCGGAUCGUGGGCUAACGCAAUUCAAAUUGUAAUUGAGCAUGGAUCUAAUGAUGGAAGUCUCGAAUAGAUUUCCCAGAAAUAACUGAAUUUUUAGAAUAUUGAUAAUUUUUAGAGAAAUUUUCUGCAAAUUACAUAUUUAUAUCGCUCUUUAUUUUUAAUUUCAAUGUUAAAUAUGGCACAACCAGAAGGGUAGAAUAAUUUUAAAAGAACUCGGAAACCUGCAAUUCAGCACAUAGUCUUAUU